AUGAUUGAGGCAGACAUUCAGAUUCUGCAGGAUGAGAUCAAGGCGAUGGGGGAUGAGAUUAGGUCCUUGAAAGCAGAGAAAGCUGAUGCGGCAUUGAUCAAACAGAAAAUCGCUGCUAUGCUUGAAAAGAAGAAAUUGCUUGGUGAAGGUCAGACCGAUCAAGGGAAAUUUGUCUUGAAGACUGCCAAAGGAACUCGGGAUUAUGGGCCGAAGUCAAUGGCGGUUAGAGAGUCUGUGCUAAAGAUUGUCACAGAUGCAUUUAAGAGACACGGAGCCGAGACCAUCGAUACACCAGUUUUUGAGCUCAGAGAGGUGCUAAUGGGUAAGUACGGUGAAGAAGGAGGGAAGCUUGUUUAUGACUUACAAGAUCAAGGAGGUGAACUGUUGUCACUGCGAUAUGAUUUAACGGAUUUCGACAUUGCCGGGCAGUACGAUCUCAUGAUCCCUGAAGCAGAGUGUUUGAAGAUAGUAGACGAAGUUCUCUCAAAACUGGAAAUUGGAGAAUUCAUCGUUAAGUUGAACCACCGUCUCAUCCUCGAAGGUAUGUUUGCUGCCUGCGGAGCUGGUGCCGAUCAGUUCAAAACUGUUUGUUCAUCCGUGGAUAAGCUCGAUAAACAACCAUGGGUUGAGGUCGAAGAAGAACUCAUAAAGGAGAAAGGACUGACAAAAGAGAACACCGAAAAGUUGGGUCAAUUCGUCCGGCUACGAGAGUUUAAUCCAUCAAUGGGUAAUGUUGAGCUUUUGGACAAAUUGAUGGAGUUCGAAGAACUUGCGAAGAAUGCGCGUUUCAAGAAAGGCAUUGAAGAAUUAAAGGUGCUGGUGAACUACUGUUCACUUUUUGGUGUUAACUCUGUACGGUUCGAUCCUUCGUUAGCGAGAGGAUUAGAUUAUUACACCGGAGCUAUUUAUGAGGCUGUUGUUCCAAAGGCGUUAGAAGGUAUCAAUCUUGAAACUAAUGGUGAAGAGCAGAAAGGUCUUCCUGUAGGCGUUGGAUCCGUUGCCGCCGGAGGAAGGUAUGAUGAAUUAGUUGGCAACUUCAUGGCACCUAGUGGGGCUAAAGGAAAGGAAAAGCGUCAAGAUGUUCCAUGUGUCGGUAUAUCGUUUGGUAUCGAGCGGUUAUUCGCCAUCAUGGAAGCAAAAAUGCAGAUUGAACAACUGCAAGUACGGACCACUGAAACCGAAAUUUACAUCGCAUCUGCUCAAAAGAAUCUUUUACAAGAGCGCAUGAAGCUUUGUAAGACACUAUGGGAUGAGGGGUUCAAGGUUGAGCUAGCUUAUAAAGCAAAUCCCAAAUUGCUCACCCAGCUACAGUAUUGCGAGGACCGACUGAUCCCACUAGUGUUGAUAGUGGGUGAGCGCGAGCUCCAAGAAGGCGUGGUGAAACUUCGAAAUGUUAAAACAAGAGCUGAGCAGAUUGAACAACUGCAAGUACGGACCACUGAAACCGAAAUUUACAUCGCAUCUGCUCAAAAGAAUCUUUUACAAGAGCGCAUGAAGCUUUGUAAGACACUAUGGGAUGAGGGGUUCAAGGUUGAGCUAGCUUAUAAAGCAAAUCCCAAAUUGCUCACCCAGCUACAGUAUUGCGAGGACCGACUGAUCCCACUAGUGUUGAUAGUGGGUGAGCGCGAGCUCCAAGAAGGCGUGGUGAAACUUCGAAAUGUUAAAACAAGAGCUGAGCAGGUGCUUCAUAAAUUAUUUGUAUCUAACCUAAUGAACGGACAGACCAGGAUGUCUAUGUCAAAGUCGUCCUACACGCAAUACAACAGAAAGAACUGGGAGGAUGCCGAUUUUCCUAUAUUGUGUCAAACGUGCCUUGGAAGUAAUCCUUAUUUGAGAAUGAUGAAAGACAAAUUCGGCAAGGAAUGUAAGAUAUGUGAACGGCCAUUCACUAAUUUCCGAUGGCAACCAGGAAAGGGUGCACGUUACAAGAGCACAGAGUUAUGUCAGACUUGCGCCAAGGUGAAGAAUGUGUGCCAAACGUGUAUGUUCGAUCUGGAAUAUGGCAAGUUUUUUUUUAUCAAACAUUACUUCUUUGGACUUCCUGUACAAGUUCGUGAUGCGGCUCUUCAGAUAGCCGAUAAUAUCCCUCGCCAAGGAGCCAACAGGGAUUUUUACCGCAGAAUGCGACGCGGAAUGCUGUCUCAGAAUUUAGAGCUCUUGCGAGACACUGACGGCACAACACCAAUAGGAGCACUGGCUAACAUUGGUGACACAGCUGGAACAGAAAUGUUAAAGCGGCUUGCGCGGACGGCACCAUAUUACAAGCGAAAUGCACCCCACAUUUGUUCAUUCUAUGUGAAGGGUGAAUGUAAGAGAGGAGAAGAGUGCCCAUAUCGCGAGAAACCAUCUGAUCCUGAUGACCCAUUGUCUACUCAAAAUAUCAGAGAUCGAUAUUAUGGAAGCAAUGAUCCUGUAGCAGAGAAGAUUCUCAACAGAGCCAAGGCCAUGCCAGCGCUAGAACCUCCCGCAGAUACUACGAUAACUACGUUAUACGUGGGUGACUACUUUUAUCAGUUUGGCGACAUCCGAAGUUUACGCUUAUUGGAGGCGAAGUCUUGUGCGUUUAUACAGUUUACCACACGAGAAUCAUGUGAAAUGGCUGCUGAAAGAUCGUUUAAUAAAUUGUUUCUAAAGAUCAACAGAUUUAAUUUUAUGCUUCCAGCAUGCCCAGUUCCUGAUGAUUUGGCUCCAUCUAGCUCUAAACGUCAACGUAUUGAUCCACUCAACAUACCUCUUCCACCCUUACCACCUAGCUUCGCUCUCCUCCAUCGAAGCUUGUUGUUCCUCCAUCACGGCCUCCAGCAGGUGCAUCUACAUCUACACCAGGAUCUAGCACUGACAGUAGUGCCGCUCCGGUGA